GGGAAGCAGCGGGGCGGGCCAGGGCCGCAUGCAAAUGAGGGUCGUGACGGGGAGUUUCUGGCUCGGUGGCCCCGCCCCUUCGCUCUCCCCCCCGUGGGAGGAGGAGGAGGAGGCAGCAGACCCCAGCCCACCUCUGGAUGAGGCCCUCCAGCUCGCCCGACCUACGGUGCCCCCCCACUCCCACCCCGUGAAGGCGCCAGGCCCCCUCCGUGACGUCGCUCCCUCGGGGGGGGGAGGAAGACAGGAAAUCCUCAGAACCACCUGUUGCAAAGAGGAGAAUGAGCCCACUCUGCUGCCGGCGAGGUUACGAUGGAGGUGCGCUGUGGUGGCCUCUUGUUCAGCUCCAAGUUUGACUCGGGGAACUUGGCUCAUGUGGAGAAGGUGGAGCACCUGGAUGGGGAUGGGGACGGGCCCGGGAAUGGCGGCAGCGGCGGCAGCAGCACCUCGGCCACCUCAAUGGUGUUUGGCACCUCCCUCCCUAUUGCUGACUACGAGUUCAAUGUGUGGACCAAGCCGGAUUGCGGAGACACAGAAUACGAGAAUGCAAACAGAUCCUGGUUUUACUUUAGCGUGAGGGGCGGAGCCCCAGGCAAGCUGAUCAAGAUCCACAUUGUGAACAUGAACAAGCAGACCAAGCUGUACUCGCAGGGGAUGGCCCCCUUGGUCAAGACGGUGCCCGUCCGGCCUCGUUGGGAGCGCAUCCGUGAGCGGCCCGCCUUCGAGAUGGUGGAGACCCAGUUUGUCCUCUCUUUCGUGCACCGCUUCCUGGACUGCCGAGGUGCCACCACCUUCUUUGCCUUCUGCUACCCCUUCUCAUACACAGAGUGCCAGGAAAUGUUGGCACAGCUGGAUGCCCACUUUGCAGAGUGCCGGCACCUCCCUGCUAGCAGCACAGUUAGUCGGAAGGCAGGUGCAGACUCUAGGAAGGCUGAGGGGAAGCAGCGACCCACCGCCCACAGAGCGAGGAAAUGCCCUAAAGGAGGACGUGCAAAGGGGAGGAAGGAGGCCCCGCUUCGGGGGACACCCUCCCUGGACUCCAUCUACUACCACCGGGAGCUGCUGUGCUACUCCCUGGACAAGCUGCGGGUGGACCUGCUCACCAUCAGCUCCUUCCACGGCCUGCGGGAGGAGAGGGAGGCCCGCCUGGAGAAGCUCUUCCCGGACAAGCACACCCCCCGGCCCCACACCUUCACGGGGAAGAGAGUGUUCUUCCUAAGCAGCAGGGUGCACCCGGGAGAGACACCCUCCAGCUUCGUCUUCAACGGGUUCCUGGAGUUCAUCCUCCGUGAAGAGGACCCUCGGGCCCAGAUGCUGCGUCGCAUGUUUGUCUUCAAGCUCAUCCCCAUGCUGAACCCGGACGGAGUGGUGCGGGGCCAUUACCGGACAGAUUCUCGUGGUGUGAACCUCAACCGCCAGUAUCUGAACCCUGACGUUGACCUGCACCCGGCCGUCUACGGGGCCAAGGCCGUCAUGCUCUAUCACCACGUCCACAACCGCGUUCAGCCGGGCUUGCCCGACUGGCGGGCCUGCGUCCCUCCCCUCGGCACCAAGGCUGCCAACCAGCGCUCCACCCGCAACGGCCCUCCCGGCGAGGAGGCCCCCCUCUCUGAGCUGGAGAAGGCCAACAACCUUCGCAACUGUCCCAGGGAUGCUGGCGUCCCCUCGCCUCAGGACCAUGAGGCCUCAGAGGCACCAGGGAGCAAAGACCAGGAUGUCUGGAUCCUCUCGGAAGAUCUGCCUCCCGCGCUCUGUGAGGAGGAAGCCGAGGUCCGCUCUCCUCCCGCCCCAGAAGCCAUCCCACCGCAGCAGAGUGGCCUGGCCUACUACGUCGACCUGCACGGGCACGCCUCCAAGAGAGGCUGCUUCAUGUACGGGAACAACAUCUUCGAAGAGGCUCACCAGGUUGAAAACAUGCUCUUCCCCAAGCUCAUCGCCAUGAACUCGGCUCACUUUGAUUUCUCGGGCUGCAACUUCUCCGAGAAGAACAUGUACGCCAAGGACAAGCGGGAUGGGCAGUCGAAGGAGGGCAGCGGGCGCGUGGCCAUCUACAAGGCCUUGGGCAUCAUUCACAGCUACACGCUGGAGUGCAAUUACAACACAGGACGAUCCGUCAACACAGUUCCAGCCGCUUGUCACGAUAACGGGCGGGCAACCCCCCCUCCUCUGCCAGCAUUCCCCUCCAAAUACACAGUGGAGCUCUUUGAGCAGGUGGGAAGGGCGUUGGCCAUCGCAGCGCUGGACAUGGCCGAAUGCAACCCCUGGCCCCGGAUCGUCCUUUCCGAACACAGCUGCCUUAGCAACCUUCGUGCCUGGAUGAUGAAGCAUGUGCGCAGCAUGAGGGGCGUGACCGGCUGCUCCCGGAGGAAAGGGGCCAAGACUCCUCCCAAGGGGACCAACGGGGUCUCUGCCUCCAACUCCGAGAACUCCCUCUGUCGGGGCCGCAGCUUCAUCAACGGGAGCAGCAGCCAGCAGGCGGCGUCCCCGCAGGUCAAGACCUCGCCCAGCUUCACCUUCAGCUGCCCCCACCCUGACGGCCCCCUGGGCAUGGGCCAGGGGCCUCAGAAAGGUGCCUCGAGGGUGCUGGCGCUCGUGCGAGAGUCGCGUGUCCAGGAGAAGCGCCGUCACCAGCACCAGUCCUUGCUGCGAGCAGCAGUGAGCAACAUCCAGGCGCCCCCACCUCUCUCUUCUCCCACCAGGACGGCCUCUCACCUCCAGCUGCCGACCGGCCUCAGCUCCUGCCCCCUCCCUGCCCCCCUCAACAUGACCGCUUGUUUACCCUGCCUGGGGAAGAGAAGGAAAGGCAGGCAGGAGAGCUGCCUUCAAAGAGCCUUGCAAAGAUGAUGCCUCUUCUCUGUUGCUCCAGGGGGCAAGACCAGGAUCUGCAGGGUCUUCCUGGGAAGCAGAUUUGAGCAGAGGGUCCCCACCCGAGGGGCAGCAUCACGUUCUUAGUCAUUUCUUGUCAAGUGCGCACCCUGCGUUUCACCUCCUCUGGGUCUCGUGCUGCUUUCAAAGUAUUAAAAUGUAUAAUUUCUUCCGUGUCUCUUUCCAGUUGUAACCCUUUAAAUAUGACAUGGUUUGGCAGUAAGUAAGAGAUGGUUGAAGCUGCUUCUGCCUGGGACCCUAUUAAGGAUUCUGGCCAGAACUUUGCACUGCUGCCCAGGGCUCCCUCCCAGGAACAUGGUGUUGUGAGCAGCCUUCCCCAGAGGCUGAAAGGGGUGGAACAUGACGCCUGAACCAAGUGACUGAGAAAGCCCAGCCUUGCAACUGUAUUCCGUGUUAAGAGUGUAAAACUCAAGCCUUUCUUUUUUUAUAUCAUUUAAAAGGGGUGACCAGCAGUGCAGUCAGAUAAUGUAAAACUUCAGACUCAACGGUUUUAGAAGAGGCAGCACGUGUGACCCUCCAAAUAGUCUCAGAUUCCCAGCCUGGCAUGAUGGGAACUGCAGACCAGCAUCCUCUGGAGGGCCCCAGAUUAGCCAUACAGACCAGUGUUUCUUAUUCCCUUGCAAACUGAUUCUCGGUGGGAGAGCCUUUUCUCAGGCUGGGGCAAAGGAGCAGAGAUGGAGGCUCACGGCGCAGUUUUGGCAUUGGGGGUGGGAGCUGCUCAGGAAAAGCCAGCAGAAGAUAGCAGUGGGGAGCCAGCAGCAGUUCCUGCCCCUGCAUGGGGGGGCGGGGGGGGGGGCAGGUAGGCAAGCAAGCCGGCUGUUUGACCCACUUUCUCCGCUGACGCCUGGAAUUGUUCCAGGUGGAGAAAGGGAGGUGGCAGGCUCUCCUAAGAACAGCCUGCUGGAUCAGGCCAGUGGCCCAUCUAGUCCAGCAUCCUAUUCUCACAGUGGCCAACUUGCCCUGAGCGGGGUUUGAGCACAAGAGCCCUCUCCCCUCCCGUGGCUUCCAGCAAGUGGCACCCAGAAGCAUUGCUGCCUCUCUGGAGCUUGGCAUUCGGCCUGAGCACUUUUGCUUUUGGCUUGGCUGAUUACUCUGAAGAUGUGCUGACCUAUAACAAGGGGAGUUCUCCAUUGGUUGAGGGUACAACCAGUCCUAGAGCCUCAUGAUAUGUUCUCAGGGGAUCACCCCCCCUCCCUGUUGCUGCCACUUGGAGGCUGGGCAAUCGGAGGACAGUGCAAACUGGUCCCUCCGGCCAAGGAGGGCUACCAUGGACUGGCUAGUGGCCUCUCUCCUUCUGCUGUAGGGCAGCACAACCCUUUGCCAGCCAGUCCUUGUAACCAGGGACACCUCUUGUUGCCUCCAAGGAUGUUCAUCUCCCUCCCUGCCCCUCUUGUUGGUCACGCAGGCCCUGGCUGCGACGGACUGCAGGAGGCAGAACACCCCAGUGAGGAGCUGAAACCGCCUCCGCCUUGUGGCCUGGCCUUG